AGUUCUGGUUCCGGUGUAAACACGACUGGUUAGUUGAUUUGCUCAUUCUUAAACUUAUCGGUCAUCCUCUUACGAAAAAGUACCUCUGAUAAGCCUUAUCACUUUUCGUUAAUUGUUUGAAUAAUUAUGACUUAUAUUUAAAAAAAGUUCAUCUGGUUGUUAACAACUUUGUUUGUCAAGUAGGCGUUGACCAGAACGAAUUGGUUUUAUCAAUAAGAUUUGAUUAUUGAUAUUUGGAAGAAGAGAAGAUGUGGGAUCCAACACACGUGAAAGUAACUGGUUAGUCAUUUUAAAUAUUUAUAUACGAUAUGAAUUUAUACGGCUAAUAAUUUAAUCGGAAUGUUUGUAAUGAGAACAUUCUUUUCUGUCUUUUGAAAAAAAAAGGAACGUUCUAUUCCUUUGAAUCGACAUAGAUUUGUUAUUUCUAUCAUUUAAGUAAAGAUAUUUAUGAUAUUCUUAAUCUAAUGAUGAACAGUUAAACAUUAAUUUAAAAAUAAUAAUCUUAUUAAAGCAAAAAGUUAAAAAUAGCUAUUUGUGUCACGAUGAAUGAGAAUGUCGAAAAAAGGCAUGGAACGUUUAGUUAUUCAAGCUCGAAGCUUGCUAGAAAAAAAGUCAAAGGGAAACGAUGUAUACGUUGUCAUCUCUCUGGGGAAGGAGAAAUAUCGUACCUCUGUUCAAGAACAAACAAAGUCCCCUUAUUGGAACGAAGAAUGUGACCUAGUCAUUCCUCAAGAUCGAAAGCCAUUAAAACUCAAAGUUUUUCAUCGUAGUCUGUCAGCAUUAUCCAGUGAUGAUUUCUUAGGACAAGCACUAAUUCCCAUUCAAGACAUUGAUAUGGACGCUCAACCACGUGCAAAGUGGUAUACGCUAGAAAGUAAACCCUCUAAAAAGGCUGCUGUAAAGGAAAGAGGAGAAUUAGAAGUUAAAAUCUCUUUUAUUGUUAAAUCUCAGAUAGAUAGCUCAAAAUUAUCUGCAGGCCCUCUCGGUAAACGUACAUUGAGUUCAACGUCAAUUGGGAAAAUUAAGAAGCGUAGCGGUAGCUUAUUAUCGCUGUCUAAGAAAGCCACCUCAGGCAGUGUUCGUAAUCUGGCGUCCUCCGUUGGUAAAGUGUUUACACUAGGUAGAAAGAAGGAUAAAAAUAAGGCUUCUGCUGAUAGCGCAAGCGUCACGUCGUCGAUUGACGGAAGAGACAGUGAUCUUGAGAGAGAUAUCAAUACUAAUCCAUUUGAAGACGAUACGUCCUUUGGUGAAAAAGCGGAGGAACCACCAAAAAAAGGCUCUCCUAUAUGGGGGAAAAAGAACAAUGGUGGUUUAAGCGCUACAAAAUCUGGAAAAGGAUCAAAUAACUCAUCAAGAAGAGCUUCCGAUCAGUAUGAUUAUCCUGAUACAAAUCCGUUUGAAAUUGAAAUGAAUGGAACUAAAGAUCAUAGCAAUGAAAAUAAGACAACAAAUGGAAAAAAAUCUCAAUCGAAUAACUUGAACGAUUCCAAAUCAAGUCCCGAAAAGGAAAGUUUUGGAUCUCCGACUUCACCAACGGGUAAGUAAAAAGGUUUCUUUUUUUUCUUUUCAAGUUGAGGCUACAAUUACUUUUGUAAAAAGUUUAUAUUUUAACUAAUUGAAAUGUAAUUUAAAAGUACAUUUUUAAACGCUAUACUAAAUAAUGAAAGACAUACUUAGAUCAUCUAAUUCCCAAGUGGCAAUAGUCAAAAGUCUACUAAUAUUAACCUAGUUUUAGUAUUAUAAUUUAUAUAUGUAAUAUACAGUAUAUACACUAAUGUAUAGUUUAUGUACAUUUCCAAUCGACUUGUCAGUUGUUUUAUUUAUCUAUUAUUUUUCACUUUUUUUUCGUUAUAUGAACUGCAGUCGGUAAAAGUGAAAAUUCUAAUAAAGGUUAGUUUUAAAAAUAGUACCUUUUUUCGCCAUUUAUCCAUUAGCAUUAUGAUUACUAUGAUAGCUGUCUAUCUCUUUUAUAACUCUUUAUCAAUACGAUUGAUAUAUAAUUAAUAUAGGCCUGGCUUCAAACGUUGGUAUCCAGGCGGUUGCUGAAUCAAAGGUUGCUUGUAAUCAAACAAUUGAUGGUAAGUUGACUCCAUAUAUAACAUAUUUUUUCUAGGGUCGAUACCUUGACGAAGGUAAUAAGAAUAUAAAUAGUCGGAAAGUGUAGUCUAGUUAAAAUAGAUAAUGAAAAAAAGAUAGAACUAUAUUCUACAUAGAAAAUUUCUCUUAAAAUCACAAAAACAAAAAAAACGUCUUGUUUCUAAUAGCAGUAGAAUAAAUUACUUUAUUAACCCUACUUUAUUCUCCCGUCUUAAUUGUUUGUUUUGAUUAGACAUAUCGAAGAAAGACUCGCCACCAGCUAAAGGUAAUACUGGUAAGUGUUUUUUUUUUGUUUGUUUUUCUUAGGAUUUUAGCAACGAACUGCAGAUCAUUAAUAAGAUUAUUAUUUUUGAUAUUUGCAGUCUCGAGUUUUAUUUAUUUAUUUUUUUACAUGUACGCAUUCACAUUUUUUUAUUUAUACAUGUACAUACAUUGUGUUGGUAUUUAUUGUGUUGAAUUAGCAGAAAAUGACAUUGAUGCAAGUCAAUCACGUAGUAAGUAGUGCGUGAAAUUUUGCUAUAAAACUUGCAAAAGCCUACUUUUAUAUAAAUAUCUUUAUAUUAAAAUUAUAUACAUCUUAUUCUUAAUUCAUUAAUUUUCAAGCUACUUUUAGCUUUAAAAAAACGAUAUUUGUAGCUUUUUUUAUUUUAUUUUUUUUCCGCUAACGAAAAUUUUCUACACGCUUUUUUUUCUUUCUUUUUUUUUUAUCAGACAAUGAUAGAAAACCAUUCAAACGAAAAAACCAUUUAAUCUCAUCGUCAUUUUUAAUUGAAUGUAUGAUUUAUUUUUUAUCCUUUUUUUAUUUUGGGCACCAGCUUAUUAAGUUAUUUUUUGAAGUUUUUUUUGUAUAUUUUAAAUUGUUAUACCCAAAAAGAGACAAAGAAAUUAAAAAUAAGCUGUAAAAAGUUCAUAGGUACAGCUAAAAGGUUGAUAGGCCCUUUGGUCUUGAAAAAAGAUUAAACCUGUAAAACAAAUCUUUAAAGUAGAACAGAUUUUAAAAUUAGUUUGUAUUUAAAAAGAAAGACUUUGGAAAGUGAUAUUCUUUUUCUAACUAUGAAAUAUCUGUCUUCCUUUUUUUAUGCUUCAUUUUCGCUUGUUAAUAAUAACUUUGUCUUGUAUAUACUGUCUAUAGUAUUUUUGCAUUUAGUAUCUUAUCAUAAUACAAAUGAUUUCAUCUUACCAAAGGCGCGAGGGGAUCUUUUGCAAAAUUAAUCAAACUACCCGAUAAUGAUAAGAAAGUUAAAGCCAGCUACCUUGACCUAACUCGAGACGUAAGUUAUAACAAGUCUAUCUUCCUUUUCUUAAGCAACAAAGAGGAAAAGAAUUAAAAAUAGGCGAGGCUACGUUGCAAUUAAUUUGAUAUAUUUAAGUCGUAAAAUAGACAUUUCCCUUCCUCCUUUGUUCUAAGUGUCCUUAAAAAGGCCUUUCUCCUAUUUCAGGAACUAAUAAGUCUACUUAUGGCAAAGGAUGAAGAAAUAGACACAUAUCGUGUUAAAGUGGAUGAUUUAUGCGCCAAACUGAUGUUGGCAAAUCCGGCUCUGCUCGAGAUCAAGCCUACUCGACCUGUAACCAGAGGUCAUAGAGUUUCUACUUCUUGUGGAAGAAUAGAUUUCAGCUGAGCAUAUCAUUUAUUUUUCUUCAUUUAAUCGUCAUCUUUUUUUAUUUGAUAUAAUUGCAUUUCUUUAUGAUUGUUUUUUAUUUAUAGUUUGUGCAAUAUUUGUUAGUGAUAUGAUGCAAAAAUGAUAGAGCACAACGGUUUUUACGUGUUAUUUUAUUUCAGAGGAAUAAGCAACAAGCUAUUAUCAUGCUCGUGCUAACUUUAACGUAUUUGUUACGCGAUAAAAUGUUCAAUUUUGAUAUAUCUCACUUAGCGUAUUUAUAGACUGUCUAACAAACUUUUGCUGUGAUUUUUUGUUCUUUAAUUUAUUUCAUCAACUUCGAAAACUCUGAUUCUUAUGCAGACAAACAAUUCCUUAUUCUCUAUUCAGUCUAUUUCUCUCUAAUGUAAACGAUUUGUUGAAAUCACUAGACAAUUGAAAAAUUAAUGCAUACGUCUUUUGCUCUACUUGUAAACUGAUACCGAAAGAUAAAACGGUGUAGUUAACUUUUGUCUCUGAAAAAAAAAGAUGGAAAAAAAGAGAAAUAUUAAAUAUUUAGAAAAAAAAUUAUCCAAAUGGAAAUGUUAAAAUGUUUCUUUUUUUGUUUAAUCGUUUGUUUUUCUUAUAUAUCUAUAGUUAAAGUAGCUCUGAAAAGAAACUUUCAUGCUUUUCUUUUCUCUUCCCUUUAUCUUCUUUUCAAUAUAGUUGAUAAAAAAAUUUGCUGAAGUUAAAAAUUUAUUUUUCUUUUUUUAUUUCGUUUUCAUUGUAAAAGAAAUAAGUGCACGUUUUUCUUUUCAAUCUGUCAUUCAUUUCAUGGUAUAAAGAAAUAAUACAAUCA